GAGAGUGAGAGAGAGUGAUCUAGAGAGAGAGAGAGUGAGAGUUCUUGGAUUUCAAGUACUUCUUUUCAUAGGGAUACUUGAAAGAAGGAAACAAUGGAGGGGAAGAUGAGUUGGACGGUGGCGGAUGCGGUAAACUACAAGGGAUUCCCAGCUGAUCGGUCGAAAACUGGUGGUUGGGUGCCUGCUGCCUUGAUUCUUGGGAUUGAAAUAAGUGAGAGGCUUUCAACCAUGGGGAUAGCAGUGAACCUGGUGACGUAUUUGGGUGGAACCAUGCACCUUCCGAGCUCCACCUCGGCUAAUGUGGUCACUGAUUUCUUGGGCACCUCCUUCCUUUUGUGCCUUCUUGGUGGCUUCGUGGCUGACUCGUUUCUUGGCAGAUUCAAAACCAUUGUCGUUUUUGCUUCUAUUCAAACCCUAGGUACGGGAGCGUUAGCGUUAUCGACCAAGUUACCGAACCUAAGGCCGCCAUCGUGCCAGCCCAACAAGGAUUGCAAAGAAGCGAACGGAUUCCAAAUGGGAAUUCUUUAUCUUGCGUUGUAUCUCAUUGCAUUGGGGACGGGCGGCUUGAAAUCGAGCGUUUCGGGGUUUGGGACGGACCAAUUUGAUGAGAAAGAUGAGGCCGAGAAGACACAAAUGUCGUAUUUCUUCAAUAGAUUCUUCUUCUUCAUCAGUCUCGGAACGCUGAUGGCGGUUACGGUGCUCGUGUACGUACAAGAUGAAAUCAGCCGAACCGUCGCUUAUGGAAUAUGUUCGAUCUCGAUGUUCAUCUCCAUCUUGGUCAUCUUGUCGGGGACUAAAAGAUAUCGGUACAAGAAGAGCACGGGAAGCCCGAUUGUCAGCAUUUUACAAGUGAUCGUUGCCGCUAUAAAGAAGCGGGGGAUGGAUCUUCCUUACGACGAGAACUUGUUGCACGAAAACUCUACCGACGGUUUAAGGAUUCGUCAUACAAAUCAAUUUCGCUGCUUGGAUAAGGCAGCAAUUGUAGCGGAAGGCGAUUUCGUGAAAAAUGGUUCGGGUUCUGUUUCGAACCCCUGGAAGUUAUGCACGGUGACGAGGGUGGAGGAAGUGAAGAUGAUGGUCAGGUUGUUGCCCAUUUGGGCAACAACCAUACUGUUCUGGACGGCUUACGCUCAGAUGAUCACGUUUUCCGUCCAGCAGGCGUCCACAAUGGAAAGAUCCAUCGGAUCAUUCAGAAUCCCUGCCGGAUCCCUGACCGUCUUCUUCGUGAUCGCCAUAUUGCUUACAUGUGCCAUCUACGACACUUUGAUCAUCCCGUUAUGGAAGAAAUGGAAAGGAAAGCCAGGUUUCACUGAUCUUCAAAGAAUGGCAUUAGGGUUGAUACUCUCAACCCUAGGAAUGGCGGCAGCCGCCGCGGUCGAAAUGAAGCGGUUAUCAGUAGCGAAAUCCGUUGGUGGCACCACCACCAUAAACCCGCUACCGAUAAGCGUAUUCAUGCUCAUUCCGCAGUUCUUUCUGGUGGGUGCCGGCGAGGCGUUCAUAUAUACCGGCCAGUUAGAUUUCUUCAUCACAAGAUCACCGAAAAGCAUGAAGACGAUGAGCACUGGUCUGUUUUUAACGACGUUAUCACUAGGGUUCUUCAUGAGCAGUUUUCUGGUGUCGGUGGUGAAGAAGGUGACCGCCGGAAGCCACGGUGGAGAAGGGUGGUUGGCGGAUGACAUUGAUCAUGGAAGGCUGGACUGCUUCUAUGGAUUGUUGGCGAUUUUGGGGGUGAUAAAUUUUGGGGUUUAUGUUGUGGUGGCAGCUUGGAACAAGAAGGACGAUAAGGCAUCAUCAGCCAUGGAGAUGGAGAUGGAGGUGGAGGUGGUUUAAUUAAUUAAUUUAAUUAAUUAAUUAAUUAAUAAUCGUUAAUUAGAUUAAUUGUGUGCUUUUGUUGUUUAUAUUCUCGUCAUUUUUCUUGUAUUUCAUUUAGUUAUUUAAAAAAAAUCGAACUGAUGCUAC